AUGAAAGAAGUACUUUGUAUUCUGUUUAUUGUUAUUCUUUCGGUUUCAGAUGCAAAAGUAACGAAACAAAAUAUUGAAAAUUUCCUCAAAUGUCUUCGUUGUCGGACAAGUCCAGAAUAUCCGAUCACCGAAGCCAUCUAUAGCCCGCAUAACUCAACCUUCGUGUCAUCUUACGUGUCCUACACGAAAAACAAAAGGUACUUAAACCCUAACGACAAAAACCUAAUAGCCAUUGUUGCUGCAAAACAUGAAUCUCAUGUUCAGGCAACCGUGGUCUGUGCAAAGUCCAACGGAAUCCAGAUCCGUAUCCGUAGCGGCGGUCACGACUUGGAGGGCCUUUCUUACAUCUCAUCUUUACCUUUUGUCAUUCUCGACAUGCACAAUCUCCGGUCUAUUACCAUUGACGUAUCAACCAAGAAAGCUUGGGUUCAAGCUGGGGCGAUCUUGGGGGAGCUCUACACCAAAAUCGCUGAAGCGAGCAAAACGCUGGCGUUUCCAGCUGGCGUUUGCCCUACUGUAGGAGCGGGAGGACACAUCAGCGGUGGAGGAUACGGAAAUCUGAUCAGAAAAUACGGAAUCUCGGUGGAUCAUGUCGUUGAUGCUCAACUAGUUGAUGUCAACGGCAAGAUCUUGAACAGAGCUUCCAUGGGAGAAGAUCUGUUUUGGGCCAUUCGAGGUGGUGGAGGUGCGAGCUUUGGAGUUAUCCUCUCGUGGAAAAUCAACCUCGUUGAGGUCCCAGAGAUCUUAACAGUGUUUAAAGUUAACAAAACACUUCAACAAGGAGCCACUAAUGUUCUGUACAAGUGGCAGAUUGUCUCUAGCAAAUUACCACAAGGGCUUUUCUUGAGAGCAAUGCCUGAUAUCACAAAUGGAGAGAAAUCCGGUGAUAAAACCAUUGCGGUUAAGUUCUUUGCUCAGUUUUUAGGCUCAGCGAAAACACUAAUGGAGAUUAUGAAGAAGAACUUGCCUGAACUAGGGCUAAAACGUGAAGAUUGCUACGAAAUGAGCUGGCUUAAUACGACAAUGUUUUGGGCAAAUUAUCCUAUGGGAACAUCGACGAGCGUUCUUCUAGAUAGGCCAUCUGAUCCUCCAGGAGCAUUCUACAAAGGAAAAUCAGAUUAUGUCAAGAAACCGAUCCCAAAAAAAGGAAUGAAGAAGAUUUGGAAAACAAUGUUGAAAUUCAACAAUGUGUGGAUGCAGUGGAACCCUUACGGCGGAGUGAUGGACCAAAUUCCGGCGAAUGCCACGGCGUUUCCUCACCGGAAAGGAAACUUGUUCAAGAUUCAGUACUUUGCGUUAUGGAUCGACGCAAACGCCACAGACGCUAAUCUCCGUUUGAUGAAAAAGCUUUACCAUGUGGCGGAGCCGUACGUGUCAAGCAAUCCGAGAGAGGCGUUUUUGAAUUACAGAGACGUCGAUGUUGGAAGCAAUCCGAGCGGAGAGACCAGUGUUGAAGAAGCUGAGAUCUAUGGAUCGAAGUAUUUCUUGGGAAAUUUGAAGAGAUUGAUGGAUGUUAAAGCUAAGUAUGAUCCUGAGAAUUUCUUCAGGUAUGAGCAGAGUAUUCCUCCUGUUCUUGCAAUGUAA